CAAAGAAUCAAAGAAAACAGAGAAGAAGAAAACCUGUCGGUUUAGUUCCUGGCUGCAUAAAGUCAAGAAUCCUCCUAUUUUUUCUGAGUGUUGUUGUUCUUAUCUUUAAGCUUCACGGCCGCUUUAUUCGACCAACAUGUUUAAAGGUUUCGGGUCGUGGUUGGGGUUGGAGAACCAGACGUACAGCAAGACGUCGGACGACCAAGAAGCCCUGACAGUGGAGCAGGAAGAAAAGGUGGUGGAGGCACAAAACGAAGUAAACAAACAGCAAGCAGCUGACCAGGGAGAACCAGAGGCCAACCAAGAAGACUCUGUGCACGAAAAAGGACUCAGCGAUUACAUUUUCAGUUUUGCUUCCAGUGCCACCAAGAAGAUCUCAGAGUCUGUGGUGGAGACAGCUCAGACCAUCAAGAAGAGUGUGGAAGAGGGGAAGAUCGACGGCAUCAUAGACAAGACUUUCCUAGGAGACUUUCAAAAAGAGCAGGAGAAGUUCGUCCAAGAGAAGAAGUCCAAAAAAUCAGGUAAACCCAGAUUUAACAGGCAAUAA